AUGAUCAACUUCGACGGGCUCUCGCCCGAGGUCAUGGAGGCGAUGUGCACGCCCAUGCACCUCAUCCUCCCGCCCGCCUCGCUCCCCGCCUCCCCCACCUCACACACCGGCGCGCUGUACCUCGGCUCGCUCGCCGCGUCGAUCGACAAGGAGCUGCUCCGCACGCACCGCAUCUCCUACCUCGUGCAGGUGCUCGACGCGCCGUGGCUGCCCAGCCCGUUCGACGGCAUCCGCUGCCACCGCAUCGACAUCCUCGACCUCCCCGGCGCGGACCUCAAGAGCCACCUCGCGGAGGCGUGCGACGUGAUCGACGGCGCGAUCGCGCGCGGGGAGAACGUGCUCGUGCAUUGCCAGCAGGGCGUAUCACGCUCCGCGGCGAUAGUCAUCGCCUACCUCAUCUCCCGGCACAACAUGUCCUUCGACGCCGCGCACGAGCUCGUGCGCAAAAAGCGGCCCUGCAUCAAGCCCAACGCGGGCUUCGUGAGCUGCCUGCGCGAGUGGGAGGGCAUGUGGCGCAGGCGGGGCGCGGUGCAGAGCAGCGGCGCGCACGGGUCGGGGUACGCGCAGCCGAGUAGCUACGGAUCGGGCGACGCGCCGCAGCGGCAGCCGAUGCGCCGCACGAUGAGCUCGCGAUGA